ACGUGGCAAGCUGAAAAGAGGAAGUAGAAAAGUCAGCUGACUUUGAAAAGCCAUUGAAGAAAACACCAACCUCUAGAACUAGCAAUACAUUUUCUAUUAGUUUGUGAUAUUAAAAUAACCAGGGCACGCGAACUCCACCAUGGCUGGGCGAGGUAAACUAAUUGCCGUUAUCGGUGAUGAAGAUACAUGCACAGGAUUCCUGCUUGGGGGCGUAGGCGAGUUGAAUAAGAACCGUAAACCCAAUUUCUUGGUUGUUGAAAAAGACACGAGCAUCACUGAGAUCGAAGAGACCUUCAAGAGUUUUCUGGCUCGCGAUGACAUUGGAAUCAUCCUGAUCAACCAGUUCAUUGCGGAGAUGAUCCGCCACGCGAUUGACGCGCACAUGCAGUCGAUCCCCGCUGUGCUGGAGAUCCCCUCAAAAGAGCACCCUUACGACGCUUCCAAGGACUCCAUCUUGCGGAGGGCAAAGGGCAUGUUCUCUGCAGAAGACUUCCGAUAAAUCCUGACCGAAAGGAGUGCUGCAGGCUGGGAGGAGAAGCGGCAGAUUCAUGUCCAAGAGGAGAAUUCUUCGAUCCCACUGCACCAGAGUUGUUUUGUGUGAUUUUCCCAACUUAAUUCCAUGCCUGGAAAACUGCUGCAAUGGUGAACAGUGUAGCCAUUUAAAAUGUAGACUGUUCAGUGGUAAUAUUGAUCAUGUUUUCCAAGUUGUGUGCUUGUCCUGUAUUGUUAUAAGUUAUUUAUCUUAUGUAAAUGACCAAGAUACUUAAGAUAGUUAUGUGAUGUUUACCAUGCCCUUUGUUAAGUUACUUAAAUCAAGGGGGAACCUAUUUAGAGUGGAGAAUUUGUAUGUCUGUUCAGAUAUUCAGAACCUGUGACUAAUCAUAGCAGAUGGUUGUGAGUCAUCAGGAAUUUCAGAAAUGAAAAUACAGUGUCUAGGCAAGUGCUUUUUAAUUUAAAACUGUUCCAUAAUGAUUAUUUAUGCACAUUUAUGCUUCACUGCAUGUAGAAAUACAUAUUGCAUUAAUUAAUAAUAAAAUAAUUCAGUGAAAACUA